AUGAUUGCGCUGUAUCUGAUACAAGUGAUUUUCCUGUUCACCUCUGUUUCAUCUGAAGCUGUAUGCCGAAAUGGAAAGCUGAACGAAAGAGAGAUCGAACAAGGGGUCUUGGUGCCAGUGAAUGUUGCACGGGAGAAUCUGGUUAAGGGAAAACAGCCAAAUGGAUAUACCACUAAUUCGUAUCUACCAAAAGGAAAAUACAUGAUGAAAAUGGGUUGGGACUGCGGUCUAGAAGAAAAGGCUAUUGCUGCGCUUAACAGCCUUACAGAGAAGAAGACUAAUUGGUGUCCUGGAGAACAUGAACUACCACCUGCAGCGAGUGAUAAUACUGUCUUUUUUGUCAAAGCCAGAGACGACGACUACUUCGAUAUAUCCGAGCCGGUAAACAGUUUUAUGAGACCAAUGUUUGUAAACCCUAUGAGCCGCGAAGCAAUAGAAGCAGAUGCAGUAACCUAUCAAGGACAAAGAGUUAUAGAAAAUUAUGUUAAUCUUGCCCGUGCGGAUGCUACUAAGAUAGGUUGCGCUUGGGUCAGAUGUAGUGGUCGUCCACGUGGCGUCUAUAGCGCAUAUUGCCUUACAAACAAAGCACCUCUCAAGAAAGGAGACAUCAUUUAUCAGAGAGGAACUGGCGGCUGUGAAAUGCAUGACAACGAAUGUCCCGUGUCUUCCGUUUGCAAUGCUACAACUAGCCUUUGUGAACUUUCUGCAUCUCAUUGGCACAAUUGA